AGCGAGGCGCGCUUGAGGGCGGGCGAGCGAGCCGGCUUCUGGAGCCUCCCUUAGGCAGCUGGACACGCGCGGCCUCGGAAAGGCUGCGGGGCUCGGGACAAAAAGCCCAGGGAGUUUGAAAGAACUUCUGGCGGGGCCGCUAGUGCUGCCCAGCCCGGCAAGUGAGGGGCUAUGCAGCGCGCUGGAGCCCUUUUCGCUGGCUUGGGAAUGUGGUGGUGGCUCAGCUGGGACCUCGUCGCCGUCUGCGGGGCUGCCAAGGGCCACGUACCUCGCCUCCGCCUCUCCUAUAAAGAUCUCCUGGCCACUAACCGCUCAGUCCUGUUUCUUGGUCAGCGGGGAAAUUUAGACUUUCGUUCCCUGUACCUAGAUGAAUACCGUGAUCGCCUAUUCAUUGGAGGAAAGGACACCCUUUACUCCCUUCGGCUAGACCAAACCAAUAUGGAUGUUAAGGAGACGGAGUGUGCAAACUAUAUCCGAGUUCUUUAUCCUUUAAACCGGACUCAUCUCUUAGCUUGUGGGACUGGAGCUUUUCAUCCCGUCUGUGCUUUCGUCUAUGUGGGACACAGAGGAGAGCACAUGUUCAGCAUGGAUCCAACCAGUAUAGAAAGUGGCCGGGGCAGAUGUCCACAUGAGCCUAAUCGAGCAUUUGCAAGUACAUUUUUUGGUGGAGACUUGUAUACGGGGCUAACAGCCGAUUUCUUGGGCAGGGACUCUGUGAUCUUCCGGACCAUGGGACAUCGCUCUUCUCUACGUACAGAGAUGGACCAGAGGCUGCUUAACGCUCCCAAAUUUGUUGCUGCUUAUAUGAUCCCAGAGAAUGAUGAUCGAGAUAAUGACAAAGUCUACUUCUUCUUCACGGAGAAAGCUGCAGAGUCAGACAGCAAAGGGCAUGCUAUUUUCAGCCGUGUGGGUAGAAUCUGUGUGAAUGAUGCUGGUGGACAACGAGUGCUGGUCAACAAAUGGAGCACUUUCAAUAAAGCCCGUCUUGUGUGUUCCGUCCCAGGACCAGAUGGCAUUGACACACACUUUGAUGAACUGGAGGACGUCUUUCUUCUGAGGGCUAAAGAUGGCAAGAAUCCUGAAGUCUAUGGACUGUUUAGCACCAUCAGCAAUGUCUUCCAAGGCUUCGCCAUCUGUGUCUAUCGUAUGGCAGACAUCUGGGAGGUUUUUAAUGGACCAUUUGCUCAUAAAGAUGGUCCUGAUCAUCAAUGGGCAGCUUAUGAGGGCAAGGUGCCUUACCCAAGGCCAGGAGUUUGCCCCAGCAAAACCACCAAUCAGCCAAGUCGUCAGUACUCCUCCACCAAAGACUACCCAGAUGAGGUAUUGCAAUUUGCACGUGCUCACCCCCUGAUGAGCAAAUCUGUGUAUCCGCUACAACGGCGGCCUGUGCUGGUGAAAACCAACCUGCAGCAUCGCCUACGGCAGUUAGUGGUGGACCGCGUGGAAGCUGAGGACGGGCAUUACGAUGUCAUGUUCAUUGGCACAGAGGCUGGCUCCAUAUUGAAGGUCAUAGCCCUACAAAGAGGAAAUUUUGCUGCUGUUGAAGAAGUUGUUUUGGAAGAACUUCAAGUGUUUAAGGUACCAGUCCCCAUCACUGAGAUGGAAAUUUCUGUGAAACGGCAAAUGCUUUAUGUGGGCUCACGGAUCGGUGUUGCCCAAGUGAAACUGCAUCAGUGUGAGACUUACGGGACUGCCUGUGCAGAAUGUUGCCUGGCACGGGAUCCGUAUUGUGCCUGGGAUGGUCUCACUUGCACCAGAUACCAGGAAUUGGGCAAACGUCGCUUUCGCAGGCAAGACAUCCAGAAUGGGAACCCUAUGCACCAGUGCCUGGAUCAAAACCUAACAGUGGAUGACUUUGACAGCAUUGCGGAGAAGGUGGUGUAUGGGACGGAGCACAACAGUACCUUCUUAGAGUGUAUCCCAAAAUCACCCCAAGCUGCAGUGCAAUGGUUUGUACGCAGAUCUCCAGAGGAGCUAAGAGAUGAGGUGAAAACAGAUGAACGGAUCAUGAAGACAGAAUACGGAUUGUUAUUUCGGAAAGUCUUUCGUCAGGAUACUGGAACUUAUUACUGCAGGUCUCAGGAGCAGGGCUUUACGCAGACUGUCACCAAAAUCAUUUUGGAAGUGGUUGAGAACGAGCAGCUGGAACAAAUUUUCCAGAAGGAGCAGGAGGAGGAGCUGCCUCGGUCUCCAUGCCGAGUCCGCCUGCUGCAUGGACAACGAUUGUGGUUCAAAGACAUCAUGCAUCUGAUUGGCUAUGCCAAUCUGCAGAAAAUGGAGGAAUACUGUGAGCGUGUGUGGUGCGGAGAUCGGCCACUGUGGCAUAAAAGCAAACUCCCAAAGAGCAAGAACCUGCUGGAGGGUGGCAAAAAAGGACGAGGCAAGCAGCCCGGUGAGAGAAACCGGGUGCCCAGGCAAGCGGUGGCCACUGAAGGGGACAUGGAGGCAACUCUUGGCAAAAGCAUCCCCUGAAUUAAAAUCCACCCUUCUAAAACUGUCCUUGCCCUGAUAGAGGCCCCCUUUGGCCUUGCUGAUCAACUGAGCCUAUUGACAUCCCUUCUUUCUGUCAAAAUGCUGGAGAUUUAACAAAUACCAAAGUAUUUUUUUUCUGUCCUGUAUUGACAACCCUGGUGUGAGUUGUAUCACACCUCGCACGGCAUCAAGUCUAAGAAUGGGUGGAGGUGGCCUCACUCAUGAUUGUGUGUGUGUUAAAUGCCACCAUCCCUGAAGCCUCAUGUUCCGUACGGCUGAGAUACAUGACUCAGAAAAGGAGCUGUAAGGAUCUAACCAUGUGGUUGGGAGACCGUUACCAGUAACCAAGGAACAGCGGCACCCAUUCCUCUUACAAGACUGAGAUGAAACAGUGGGGAGCUGGGAAGAAUGGAGAUAUGUAUAUAACCCUUGCUCUUCUGGAGGUGACAAGGAUCAGCUGGAGAUAACAGGCAACACAGUCACCCCUUGGAAGGAACAGAUGCUGCUUCCAGUGACCUAUUCUCCCUAUGCUACAUGCUGAGUAUGGGUGUGACCGUUGAACUGUGCGUAUCAUGGUACCUGGAGGUGCAAAGCAGAUUGUUGCAGCACUUCCAGCCUCAUGUUUUUCCUCGUUCUGUCCAACAGGUCAAAAGCAAUUCUUUGGGCAUGAUUGCAUAUGAGUUUUAAAAAGGCCAGUUACGUUUACGAUAUGAUUUGACCCUAAUGUUCAUUUAUGCCACAUGUGUCCUUCUCGUGCAUUCUCUUGCAAAUAACCAGCGGUUGUGGAGGCGAAACUAAACCUGACAAAGAAACAAGCAAACAAAUAAACAGAAACCUGAAGGGUAACAUGGACCAGACCAAAAGAAUAAAAUAAAACCUUAUGCAGCUCCCGUUAUACCGCUAGGUUUUUCUCAGACUGAGCAGAGAUUUCAGUGGGGAAAUGAAUGGCAGAAAAGUAGCUAAGCUUUUGUUUUCCUCAGCCUCUCUCCCCUUCCACUAUAAUUGUUCUUACACACACACACACAAUCCCUCUGUCGAACAGCAGAGGAACCUCUAGGCUAAACUUGGCCACACAACGUACUGUACUUUUGUUUGCCUAUUCCUGGGCUUCCUAUAUUUUGCUUGCCAAUAUCUUACCCUGUCUCUGCACUACCUCUGAUUAUUUCAUUGCUGGCUACUUUCUCUUGGGCAGUACAACUAUCCACCACCGGAGGCCCACGUGAGCAUUUGGCCUAAAUAAGCCUUGCCUUUCAUGGACUUGUAUCAAUUCCUUUGUUUUAAAGAUUGACAGCUAAGUGAAAAUUUGUUCAACAAAUAAAUUAAAUCUUACAUAGCAAGCUCUGACUUGGGGGAUAAUUUUACACCUGCUUCUUGACUUUCAUCAACAUAAUGAAUAGUCAGGACAAGUUGGCCCUGGGAUUGAAAUGUCUCAUUGAAGUGGCUACCAGGUAGCGCACUGAUUUCUUACUAGUCCAGAGCAAGUGUUCUCAACUUUUUUUCUGUUGUUGAUGGCCCCUCGUGAGUAUAAUUUACCUCUGCAACCCCUUUCAAAGAUACUGUUAGCUGUCUAUUUUUACUAUCUGCAUUGUUUAUUAAUCUGAACUGUAUUGUGUAAUGUAAUUGUCUUUAUAACAUUAAGACAAAGUCAUUGGUAGUAGCUACCAAAAAGGUUAAUUCUAUGCAGACGUAAUUGCAAACAAUUUUUCAAAAAAUAUACAAAAAUAUGCAAUGCGUAGCAGCAGCAAGAGAAUGAGGCCCCCUAGAUCUAUGGGAUGGUCCCCCGAUGGACCAGGUUGAGAACAACUGAUCUAGAGUGCAGAAAACAAUGCUCAAGUUGCUGUAACUUAGUGAAUUGGCUAGAAGGUAUAAACUAGGUGACCAGUUUCUAGACAAACUGGCCAAUGUCGGAGACCUGUUCCAGAGCAAAUGGACAGAUACUGACGCAGAUCAUUGUUCUUUUGGGACUCCUUCCAGAUGAUGAUUUAUUGCAGAUGUGCAAAAAAACUUACUUGCACUCUGAGAUGUGCAAGCACUCUCAUCCUUCAAGAAAUAUGAUUCAUGUGGGAUUUAUAUGCACAUCAAAGAAAGAAGGAAAAACUGCAGGGGCACUGCACCCACCUUUCUAUAAACGGAGUGAAUAUUUGAGUAAUAUUUGCCAUGUUUGCAAGUAUGCAAAGGUAGUGUAAUAGGAAGAAAAGAGGAAUUCCUAUAAAGCAGAUCAGCAGAUGCAGUUGGGGUAACUUCUCAAACUUCCACUCCAAAUUCAUCUUAAAACUGCUAUCAUCAUCAUCAUCACCAUCACCAUUACCUUCAUCCUGAGUUAUUUUUUGUCCAGGGGCUAUUGGGUACAUAUGGAGACAAUGAGCUCAUCCUCAAAUUUUUCUAACUAGAAGAUGAAGAUACUAGCAGUUGCCAAGUGCUAUUAGAAAAUGUGUUCCCAAUGAUGGCGUGUUCAUUUCAUCCCCAGACUGCUAUGAGGGGAGCCUACAUGUAUCUUUAUUCCAAUUUAAGUGUAGAGAUUUCCGUUUUCUGACUCCUCUUGCUAUGGACAUGUUCUAGGUCACUUCACUAACAAUGCUGAUUAUAUGGUCAAGCUGGGAUGGGCCACUUUGUGCUGGCGAAGAGACACCCCUCUUAGUCACUUGGCACUGCCUUUCAUGGCAGGCUUGACUUGGCUUGGCCACUUGGCUUCCAUAGGGACAGCUUCUUCAAUGAGCAAGAGUGAAAGCAAGGAUGCCUGGAAGAACUUUAAUCAGACAAGGAGAGGCUGGUUCAGAUGGAACAUGUGGAAUGGAUUUCUAUUCUCUCCUAGUCUGCAAGAUCUUUGUACCUCUCUCAGGUUGCCAGUGCUGAGUGCUGCUUUUCAUAUUAAACUUCUUGAAAGUUUUUUUCUUGCAAAGAGAUGUUACGGGGUGAGGGGGAGAAGCAGUAUCAGAAGGACUUUCAAAUAUACUAUCCAGCUCUGAUAACAACAUGAGAGCCUCAAUCUUCUGAAGAAGGUUUUUAGCUGGCUCCCUCAAACAUGUGUUAUUGA